AUGACAGCCCAACUUCAUAGCUACGACUACAAGUUUAUGCAGAUGGCCACUUUCUCUGGGGUGCAUGGGACAUGGUCGAAAGUCUCCGCAGUGAGAGAACAUCUCUCACUUUAUGAUUUUGUGGUAUUCAUGGACGCAGAUACAAUCUUUCCCCAUCCACAUGUACCCUUGGAAUGGCUAUUCAACUACUGGGACAUCGUCCCAGGUAACCUUAUCGCCAUGGCCCUCGACCCGGAAGACCCAAAUAAUAACGAUUUGCGAGGCCGGACUCUCCUGAAGACAGGCUUCAUCAUCGCCCAGAAAAGUUCUCGAGCCCAGGAACUAUUUACGGCGUGGGAGUCCUGUCCCCAAGAAGUGAAAUACCGGGGAAAUACCCCGGUUGCUCUAAUUUCAGCUACAACCGGCCGCACGAGCAAUCUCGGGGCUCUGGAUUUUAUUGAAUCGAAUUUAUUACUCAAAUGCUCGGAAGCAAAUGGAUGUCCUGAGAUGGCACAUCUCGGUUGCUCGGGGAAAUUGGUACUUCAUUACUGGGGGUCAAAGGCGUCUGUUCCUUCUGCGGUGCAAGAAUCCAUUGUGCAACAUUUCCUCCCGUCGCUGCAUGGGGGAUUUCAUCGGGACUUUGCGAACAUUGUUUACGCCACUUAUGGGAAUCCGAAUUUCUCUCUUGCGGGAGGUGGGAACUUCACGUCCGAAAUCGAGCAGAAACUUGGGAGUGAGAUGCCGGCGCUGACUCAAGAGGAUCUCCGUGAAACGACUGAAACAUCAUCAAUCUUGAAUCCUUUAUUAUGA